CUAUUAUUUUAAUAUUUUUUCUUAACUUUUGUUUUCAGCGAUUGAACAGAUCUCGUCAGUUUCGUCGACAAGAAAAAGAACAGACCUCGUCUUCCUUAGAGAGAAGCAGAGAGAGAAUAUUGAAGAAAUGGAGUUCGAGAAUACGCGACGGCCGCUACCAUGCAUCGCUUGUCACCACCACCACCAUCGCUUCUUAGAUCCGUCUUCACCGGAGUCGCCACCACCACUGUCAUUUGCUUAUCUCAGAUCGUAAAGACUUUAUGGUAUUUGUUUUUUGUUUGUGAUGAAAGUCAUAAUCUUUAGGCAGUAACAUGAUGAAUCAGUUAAGAACCGUUAAUUUCGUUUCCUUCUGGUAACUAAUUCGAGUUGCUAUCAAGUUCUCUUUCUUUUCAUAGCUGACUUUUGUUUUGUUUACAGAUCUAUGGAGCAGGGAAGGAGAAGAAGUGGUGUUACAGAGCAUUAUCCGGUUUUAAAAAGGCGGAGUAGCUAAAGAAGGUUGAUGGUGGUGGUUUCGGCGUCAACAAUGGUGGUCUCGACACCAACAGUGGUGGUCUCGACACCAACAGUGGUGGUCUCGACGUCGUCAAUGGUAGCUUAGUGCGGUGGAAGAAGCUGAAUAACCUUUACUGUGGUGUUCUUGGCUGGUGGUCUCGGCCUCAAAGAUGAAGAAACUGAAGUUGACGGCAAAAAGUUUAGACAUAGGGUUAAUUUUUUUUAGGUUAGGCUUUAGGUUUACAUUUCUAAACUCGGGUUUUUGUAAACCGGAGUUUAUUUGUAAACCAGAACUAAAUUACUAAACAAAUUUUGAUUUUUAAUUAUAAAUUAAUUGGUCUAUUUAAUUUAUUCAUUAUUCAUAAAAAUUAUUGCUAUUGUUGUUUACUUAACUAUAGCAUAAACGAAAACCGCUAUUAUAAGGGUCAGAUCUAUUAUAACGGACGCUGUCAGAGCGGACAAGAAAACUCUAUUAUACAUGACACAUAGCGUUUUCCGUCUGCUAUUACUACCCAUAUUUCCUGUAGUGGAAAAAGCCUACUUUUCAAACAGAUUGUGGAUGUUUUUCAGGGAUACUAAGGAGACAGAAGAAGACAUCAAGAGGAUGUUUCACCAAAUCAGAGAUAGUUUGAAGGAGAGGAUCACACUGGAGAAGAAGAGCGAUCCAGGGAAGUUCACAAUACCAUGCUCAGUAAGAGGUAUUGAGUUCCCUCGUGCUCUCUGCGACACAAGAUCAGGAGUUAUCAUCUUACCCAAGAUCAUGGCAGACCAUCUAGGUCUGAAGAUAGAGCCUACUGAAGAAUCAUUCAUCUUCGUGGACUGUUCUCAGCAGAACUCUGGAGGCAUAGUUCAAAAUCUUGAGGUACAGAUUGGUGAUGCAAUCAUUCCUACUGACUUUCACGUCCUGGAUGUCAAGCUCAACUUCAAGACAUCUCUACUACUUGGAAGAACCUUCUUAGCCACAGUUGUAGCUGUUUGCGACCUAAAAUCGAACAAGCUCUACCUAACCCUAAUUGACCCUACCAUCCACUACGAUCCCGUUCAGGUCAUCAAGCUUCCAAGGAAGGAGAGCCCAUCACUCGUAGCAGCAUGCUUUUGUUCACAAGAAUAUGAUUCAAUGGCCGAGUACGAGACAGAGCAAGAUGUAUCGACCGACAGAGGCCAUAUCCCAUCGACCGAUACAGUUCAACGCACUCGUCCGAUGCACAAAUCCUGGCAUCGAUCGAUAAGCUAUUCAAGGAGGCCGAAGAGGAGUUCCCAGACGGUGAUUUCAAGAUAGACAAUUGGGAUAACGAUCAUUACAUCCCAACACUGGCUAUUGACACUACUCAGGAGGAGCAUGACGAAGAUUAUGAGGAAGAACGAGCUAUAGAGUACAGAUUUUUUCGUGAAGAAGAAGAAGAAGACAUAUUUCCUUACCACAUCUUCAAAUUCAAGGCAUCGAUCGAUAAAGGCCAACCUUCAUCGACCGAUACACACCAACCAAGAUCGCUCAAACGGCCUUAUCAACCAUCGAGCGAUACUACAGACUAUGUAUCACUCUACACACUGUGAGGGAUUAAACUCACCUCCUGAUUUUUAGGUCAGGUUAAAGUUUAGGAAAAGGUUAGGGAAAGAUAACGCGGGCUGAAUCCCGUAAUAACUUGUUGAAUGAACUUCGAUUUGUAUUGAUGAUUUGGAUAAAGAGUGAUUACAAAAGAUGAUCUUUGAUGAUUACAAAGAUAAUGAGAAUGUUAAAAAUGAGAAUGUUUUCAGAGUAUCGUCUCCAAUCCUGGUUGAAUGAAUGUCCUUUUCUUGAUUGACUUCCUCUUUAAAUAGCCUCAGGCUCCAUUUGAUCGUCACCAACUGGUUCCCGAGAUCUCCUCCGUGAUUUGAGGGAUUUGCAACAGCUCCCCUUUGACCGGGUCCUGCGCCUACGUCUACGAGCUGCCUCUUUUCCGUGACCCC